AUGGCCGGAAACUUUUGCUUCGCUUUUCUCUCGCUGUUCCUGACGGCAGGCGGUUGUGUCUUGUUGCUUUUGGUUCUACUGGCGGGUACUCGAGAUUGGGAUCCCUUUUACAGGAUUUAUUUCCUCUGGGCCGACACUUCUGGUAUCAAGGGUGCACCAGCAAUUUCAGAAUGGACUCUAUGGAAUGUCUGCGAAUCCUCAGCCGGUAAAGUUGGCGGAAUCACGACGAAUUGCGGGAAUGUACACGCUGCGAACCCUUUCUUGCCUCAGGAAAACUUUGGCACAAGCGAUGGCGUUCCAAGUGAGUUUUUGAAUAAUCACAGAACUUAUUACUAUCUCUCGCGAUUCGUCUUCGCCUUCUACCUCAUCAGCUUGUUUUUCAUGCUGUGUAGCAUGAUCAGCGGAAUUUUGGCCCUGUGCAGCAGACUUGGGAGUGCCUUGUCUGCCGUCGCUUCCUUCUGGGCCUUCUUCUGCGUGCUCACUCUCGCUACUUUGAUGACUGCUGUCUAUACUUUGGGCCGAACCACAUUCCACGACGCCGGUUUGAACGCUGGUAUUGGAUACUACGCCUUUGGAUUCACCUGGGGCGCCGUCGGAUGCAUGCUUUUCUCAUCGAUCUUCUACUGCAUGGGCUUCAACUCUGCCCGACGAAAUCGCCAUCAUGAACGCACCAUGGAGGCCGAAAAACGAGGUGGGAGACUUCCCUUUUUCCGUCGCAAAUCUCCAGCUGAAGAAAGCGCACAACAAUUCAAUUAA